UUGAAAACCAUAUUACCAUUUGAAGUCACGAUGAAAGUAAUCCUGGUCCUUACCUUUUUGUCCACUUUGGCUCUUUCCCUGGCUCUUCCCCAGGUUGGGCAUGGAUCUCCAAACGGACCCAGUGGGCGCUUUCCUAUGACCAGAAACUGGGCAUCUCCUCCGAUUGAUCUGAGCAAGCCCAUUAUCUUCCUGCCGGAGGCCACGCCCAUUCACGAAGCCCAGGAAUCGCGAAACGGGCAGAUUAGACGUCGCAAGAGCGGAUAG